AUGGUAGAUCGACAGCUCGCAUCCGAGUUGUGGUACCAUGGUUUAUUACCUCGAGAAGAUAUCAAGAUGAUGCUGCGAAAUAAUGGAGAUUUCCUCGUCCGAACCACAGAGCCAGUAGCCGGUCAACCACGAGCGUUUGUUCUGUCGGUGAUGUUUAGACAAGAACUGGAAGAUCAGGGAGUAAGAGGGUUACUUUUUAUGAGAGAGAAGUGA